AUGGACAAUGGUCAUCCAAGUAGAACUGACAGUGUCCGACUGACGAUUGAAGUAACAGACGUCAACGACAACGCACCCAUAUUUGACCGUGACGACUAUAACAGUUCAACUCAUCGUGGCUUGCCAACAACGGAAGUUUUGGUCACCGUCAGCGCCAAUGACCGAGAUUCUGGCGUUAAUGCACAGAUAAUGUACAGCAUAACAGGACAGUAUGGCAUAAAACCCAUAAGAGCCACGAUUGGUGAAACGCUAUUCAACAUAAACAGCUCUACUGGGGAGAUCGGGGUCACAACUCACUUCUUGUACGACGAUACUCAGCAAUACGAACUGAUCGUCACUGCUACAGACAUGGGAGAACCUCCACUGAGCAACACUACAACGGUUGUUAUCGACGUUGCCAACACUAAUUUCUUCGCGCCAGAAUUCCUGAAUACUCCAGUAUAUCGCACAAUGGAUGAAGACACAGGAACGGUGUGGAAUUCUCGACCAAGAGAAGUGGCAAAAAUAAAGGCGACGGACAACGAUACCGAGGCUGAAGGACAAGUCAUAUUUUUGCUUCCGAGCAAUGAUAACAUUUCAGAUUUGUUCAGGGUAACUACCACGAAGGAAGUCUCCGACGUUAACCAAGAUAUUUUUGUCGGGAGGAUUGUGACCAACGCCCCCCUCGACCGCGAGGCACACAUCUCUGGACUGAACCUGACUGUACUGGCAGUAGACCAGGGAGCAACACCAAAGACAAGCACAGCCUUGAUUCACAUCACCUUAAACGACGUGAACGACAACCCUCCAACUCUGAUUGUCCCAACUGAACUGGUACCAAUUCCACAGUCGUCGCAAGUUGGCACCCCGGUGUUUAAAGUGCAAGUUGAUGAUCCUGACAUUGUCAAUGAGUUUUCCUUUGAGACCAUCCCCUCCAACCACGAAUACUUCUCCAUCAUCGAAACUACCGGACUUAUCUUUACUAUCAAGGACUUUCCCGAACAGCGUGAGCAUACUCUCUUCAUCAUAGUUAACGACGGCAGUGGAAAAACUGACUAUGGUGCCAUAUCUAUUUUCGUUGGAAAUCCGAAUCUCCAUGCUCCAGUAUUCAGCCAACUAUUGUACCGAACGACUGUCCAACAGGACUUACAAGUAGGCACCAAUCUGACAGACCUCAACAUCUUCGCGUGUGACAUGGAUUGUCCGGACUCUUGCAACGUUUCCUUGUCUGCAAACUGUACAACAAAUGAAGGCAGACUGACAUACGGUAUCGCAACAGGGAAUGCAAGAGACAUCUUUGUAAUUGAUCCCCACACGGGACUCAUCAGUACAAAGUGGCCACUAGAAAGCUUAAGUUUGAUACCCAACUACAUUUUGGUUGUCAUCGCAACUGACCAAUCAGAAAACUCACGUACUGGGUCAGCAACGGUCUGGGUUGAUGUUGUGCAUUUGGGGACCACCUCUGUUGCGCCAACUGCGUUUCCAAGUGAUACAAAAAAGUUGGAGACUGACUUGGAUAACCACCGCUAUGCCCUUUUUGGAGUUUCCGGAUUUGCUGGGUUGUUGCUUAUGAUAACCCUUGGGCUACUUGUGAAAUUGGUAUCAGCUAAUCGUCGUGUGAAGCAGAUGUCUACAGCGCACCUGACGACUCCAGCCUUUACUGCACCUCAGUACGACUACGUACCAGGGAUGACGGACUACGCGUACGCCGAGGGAACUGGUACGGAUGAUGAAUCGCCCGCACCGCCACCGGUGGCGAACCGUCCGCCGCUGACGCUCAACAACGAGGAGCGUAGAGCACAGGCAACGGACCGUAGUCAUAAUGUAGCGAUGGAGAUGCGCUCCAGGAUGCGGCCAGAACUACAGCGACAGAACCGACUCGAAGUUCGAACAGCGGAUGAUCGCUCGAGAAACAGCAUCUACAGAGAGCAGAAAUAUGAUUAUCUACAGCUCAACACACGAGAUACUUCCAAUACUGCUUCGCCAACAGCUGAAACCGCUGAAGCUGAUAAGUAUGGGUACCUGAAGCCUGCCAAUCAGGCACGUCAAAACAACCAGCGAGGACAGCCCAACAACCCUUAUCAAAAUGACAAAAUGAACAGGCGAAGUCAAGUGUACACUAAAGACAUCCCAGCACCUGAUUACGAUGUGCUGCCAACGGAGACACGGAUAUAAACGAUAAAACGUUUCUUUUGAUAGAUGGUAUGUUUGGCAAAGUAUCAAAAUCUGUUUGUAAAUUAGUCACAUUUCCUAGUCAUCUCCUCCAAUCCUUUUAUACAAUACACUAACCCUUCAUGCUUGUGGCUCUUGCCGUCCUGUCGUUUCCGACAAGACCACAAGAUCACAUUUCCUAGCCGUUACAUCACAUCACUUCAUACAGCACACUGAUCCGUCAAAUCCAAAAUAGCACCACCCUUCCCGCCGUACACAGCAAAACAGAAUGGCGGCGCCCACAUAUGCCAGCAAAAACAAUACAGGUUCUGCUAUCGCAAACCUGUAACUAAUAGUGAUUACCACUACAUGUAUUUUUUAUUCUAUUUUCUGGGAUAUCGUUGUGUGCGUUUGUGUGUGCUUGAGUUUAUGUACUAGAUGUCGUCUAAGCUUUGUUAUGUUUUGAAGUUCAUGCCCCAGGGUUUUUAGGAAUUGAAAAAUAGUAUAACUGUAAAUAGGACAAGAAUAGACAGCAUGUGUUUAACAAGAAAAAAAGAAAUAAAAAAAUGCGUUUGUGACAGUGUCUAUUUUGUGUUUAACAAAAAUAUGCAAGAUAAUAGAGCUUGUAGCACUAUCUAUCUUAUGUUUAAGAUUUAAAACCAAAUUUUAUACAAAAAUAUUUUUUCAGUGGCGUAUCUUGUAGUGUAAAAUUGCAAAGCAUAUUUUCACUUCAUAUGAUAUCAUAUGAUAUUAUGAUCGUAAAGCAAUCAACUUGAAAGCUACGCAAAUUAAGCAAAUAUGAAUAUGUAAUUAGGCUCUAUAUGGAUAUACAUUAGUCUGUAUUGUUUGUUUAAAUCCUUUUUGUAUGUCUGUGCUCCUGAUUUUUGGAUACUAUUAUCAUAUUAUAGAUCUAACUAAUUAAACGGCAAAUGAUAUAUCAUUUAAACUGUACAU